UUAAAAGAAAUUUCUUCAACAAUUUUUGGUUAUUGAAACCAUCCGUUAAUUAUUUCAACAACAAAUAAUUAAAUACUGAACAAUUCAUCAUGGCAGACAAGGCUGAAGAACAGGUCAAGAAGAAGAGGACUUUCAAAAAGUUCACUUUCAGAGGCGUCGAUCUCGAUCAGCUUUUGGAUAUGCCAAAUGAGCAGCUGAUGGAAUUGAUGCACUGCCGAGCCAGAAGGCGAUUCACCAGAGGCCUGAAACGUAAACCUAUGGCCCUGGUGAAAAAACUUCGUAAAGCAAAGAAAGAAGCUCCCCCACUAGAGAAGCCAGAAAUCGUGAAGACCCACCUGAGGAACAUGAUCAUUGUGCCCGAGAUGGUAGGAUCCAUCGUGGGUGUUUACAACGGCAAAGCUUUCACUCAGGUGGAAAUCAAGCCUGAAAUGAUUGGACACUACCUUGGUGAAUUUUCCCUUACCUACAAACCUGUGAAACAUGGUAGGCCAGGUAUUGGUGCUACUCACAGUUCUAGAUUCAUUCCUCUCAAGUAAAAGUGUUUGUUAUUUAGCUUUAUAGGUUAUUAAUAAAUGUUUUGAGAGGUGUUUUGUAUU